GUGCUGGAGAGUCUGGGAAAAGCACCAUUGUGAAGCAGAUGAAGAUUAUUCAUGAGGAUGGCUACUCGGAGGAAGAAUGCAAACAAUAUAAAGUGGUUGUCUACAGCAAUACUAUCCAGUCCAUCAUUGCAAUCAUAAGAGCCAUGGGAAGGCUAAAGAUAGACUUUGGGGAAGUUGCCAGAGCAGACGAUGCCCGCCAGUUGUUUGUAUUAGCUGGAAGCGCAGAGGAAGGCGUGAUGACCGCCGAGCUAGCUGGCGUGAUUAAGCGGUUAUGGAGGGACGCUGGGGUUCAGGCCUGCUUCAGCAGAUCGCGAGAAUAUCAGCUUAACGACUCUGCAUCAUAUUACCUAAAUGACUUGGAUAGAAUAUCCCAGCCGACCUAUAUUCCGACUCAGCAGGAUGUUCUGCGGACCAGAGUUAAAACUACAGGCAUUGUGGAAACUCACUUCACCUUCAAGGACCUGUACUUCAAGAUGUUUGAUGUCGGUGGCCAACGGUCGGAGCGGAAGAAGUGGAUCCACUGCUUUGAAGGCGUGACAGCAAUUAUUUUCUGUGUGGCCCUCAGUGAUUAUGACCUUGUCUUGGCCGAGGACGAGGAAAUGAACCGGAUGCAUGAGAGCAUGAAACUGUUUGACAGCAUUUGUAACAACAAAUGGUUUACAGACACCUCGAUCAUUCUCUUCUUGAACAAGAAAGACUUGUUUGAGGAAAAGAUUAAGAAAAGCCCACUAACGAUCUGCUAUCCAGAGUACACAGGCUCCAACACGUACGAGGAAGCAGCUGCGUACAUCCAGUGUCAGUUUGAAGAUCUGAACCGGCGAAAAGACACCAAGGAGAUCUACACACACUUCACCUGUGCCACUGACACCAAGAACGUGCAGUUUGUGUUUGAUGCCGUUACAGAUGUUAUCAUUAAAAACAACCUGAAGGAAUGCGGACUCUAUUGAGGAGGAAGGGGCGUGGGGAGAAGUUUUUACGAUGUGGCGUUUUGAGAACCAGACGCUUUGCUGCCUCGUGGGGACAGCUGCAAGCAUGAACAGGACCAGGGAAACGAAAACAGCAUGCAGAAUCGUUGCAUUCUUUAGCACAAUCUUCUGUAUUAGGGACCUUUUUAUUGAUAUGGGGUGUUGAAGUUAGGUCAAGAUGGAACAACUGUUAGUGUGACUAGAUCAUCCUGGCAUCGUUUGGAUGGCGUGAUCUCAAAUGUGU